AUGCGUUCUGAAGAUAAAAAAAGUGCAUCAGUUUCGGUGCACUCGGUGGACAACUUUACCCAACUAGAUACUGUUAUAUCACCUCAUGGUGAAAUUGUCCAUAUUGCUCAUGACGAUGAUCACCUCGAUGAGGCUUUGGCCUUUGCUAGGGAGCAUGGCCGUAUAGAUGUGUCUCCAGAAGAAGACGCUAAAGUUAGGAGAAAGCUAGAUAUGAUUGUUAUGCCGCUUUUUUGUUUUCUCUACAUGAACCAAUUCAUGGAUAAAACAGGUAUCACAUUUGCAGCGAUCAUGGGUAUUCGACAAGACUACGACAUGGUUGGCCAAAUGUAUUCCUGGACAAAUUCCGGAUUUUAUCUUGGUUACGUUUUCGGUUCUCCAUUUGCCGCAAUUCUGUUGCAGAAAGUCAGACCUAUCAAGUUUGUUGGUGCCACUAUUAUUAUCUGGGGGAUGAUUCAGUGCCUGCAUUGUGUCCCUAAAACGUAUGCUGCUUUUAUGUUUUUGCGUACCUUUCUUGGAUUUCUUGAAGCUUUCGUUGCACCCAUAUUUAUCAUUAUUUUAAACCAAUAUUACAGGUACGAUGAGCAUUUUGGAAGAACUGGUGUCUUCUACGGUUUCAAUGGUGUUGGUACCAUCUUUUUAUCUGCUGUUUCCUAUGGUUUAUACACAAGGGGUGAAGUGUAUUCAUUAAAAUCUUACAAGAUCUUAUUUCUUCUUAUUGGAUUAAUGACUAUCCUAAAUGGGUUCCUAAUCUUAUGCAUAAUGCCCGACUCUCCUGUUGAUGCGAAAUGGUUAUCGGAGAGAGAAAAAGAAGUUAUUAUUGAAAGAAUUAGACAUAAUAAUCAAGGUUAUGGUAAUAAAAAGUUCAAAUGGGGACAAGCUAAGGAGGUUUUGAUUGACCCAAGGUCAUAUAUCUAUUUUCUUCUUUCGUUAUCGGUUGCAAUCCCAAACGGUGGUAUCGCUGGGUUUUCGACGAUCAUCAUCAAAAGUUUUGGAUUCUCCUCUGCAAAAUCUUUACUUUUAAAAAUGCCUACAGGCGCAUUUGAGUUGGGCGCAUUGGCGACGUUACCAAUUUUUGCCCGGUUCAUCAAAUCAAGAAUGAUCAUCGCCAUAUCGUAUUCUGCCUUUGUUCUUAUCUGGAUUUGCGUCCUAGCGUUCUCCUCUAACCGAAAUGCGGAACUCGUCGGUGUUUGGAUUUUUGGUAUUUCUCCUUGUGGUAUCAUUCUAAUCACCUCCUGUGUUACGUCAAACACGGCCGGCUUUACUAAGAAAAUGAUCACUACAGCAAUCAUGCUUAUGGGAUACUCGGCGGGAAAUGUCAUUGGUCCACAAACGUUCCGUUCAAAUGACGCACCCGCAUACAAUAAGGCUAAGGCCGGUGCUGUUGGUUGCUAUUGUGCAACGAUUCUCUUGAUGUCUAUUUUGACAAUUUACAAUAUGUGGGAGAAUAGAAGAAGAGACAAAAUGAGGGAAGAAUUAGGUGAUAAGUAUGUCGUUCCUGAGAAUGUUGAGUUUGCUGAUUUAACCGAUUUCCAGAAUCCUGAAUUUAGGUACAGAGUCUGA